AUGGCUCCCCUUCCUAAAUCCGAGGAGUCCAACUCGCCAACAGAAAGACCUACCUCGCGAGACUCAGCCGAGCGGGGAAAGAAGCGCGCAAGGACACAGUCGAUGCCACCCCCGGAGCUACCCAAGUUAGUCGCCGAGCAACAUGCUCCCAUCCCGACCAACGACAAGGAUACACAGCGCCUGAUCGUUGUCCUCUGCAAUGCGACCCUCGAGACUUAUAAGGCGUCGCAUGGCACCGGUCGGGGCCCCGGCGCGCGCGAGGACAAGUACAACCUGCUCAACAGCGACGAUCACAUCGGUGUAAUGCGCAAGAUGGGGCGCGACAUUAGCGAGGCACGGCCUGACAUCACACAUCAAUGUCUGCUCACAUUACUUGACUCGCCAAUCAACAAGGCGGGCAAGCUCCAAAUCUACAUCCACACGUCCAAGAAUGUGCUCAUAAGGGUCAGCCCUACAGUGCGCAUUCCUCGUACAUUCAAGCGGUUUGCUGGACUCAUGGUCCAACUCCUGCACAGACAUCAAAUCCGUUCGACGUCAUCCCAGGAAAAACUCAUCGAAGUCAUCAAGAACCCCAUUACCGAUCACCUCCCCCCGAACUGCCGCAAGGUCACGCUCAGCUUCGAUUCUGAAGUCGUACGUGUCAGCGAUUACAUUGGCGACCUCAACAAGGGCGAGAGUAUUGCAGUCUUCGUAGGUGCCAUGGCCAAGGGCAACGACGACUUUGCCGAUCACAUCAAGGACGACAGCAUCGCCAUUAGCCAGUUUAACCUCAGUGCCAGCGUUGCAUGCAUUCAGCAGACGACCAAGGGUUGGACCUAUCUAUACUGGACACGCCAGCUAGCCCACAAGCAACAACUGACUCAUGCGGACGAGUCGGAUCACGGACCGCACAUUGAUGAAAGAUAA